AUGGAGGCCUUCGUCGCGAGCACCUCGGCCGCCUCCGGAUCUUGGUCUCCGGCGCUGCGGGGCGCUGUCGACGGCCCGGGCUUGGCAGCGUUGCGGGGGGCCGCGCUGGGCGUGGCGGCAGUGAGCGCCUGGGCAUGCGUGGCCCCACGCGCAAGCCGGCCACGGAAGACGAAGCUCGGAGCCCGCGGUGGUGACGUGGUUGAGGUCAUGCCCACGACAGAGAUCAAUUACUAUAAGCGCGAUCAGGAGAAUGCCUCCAAGCGGGUGAUCGCGGGCGGCGCCAGCCGGUGCCGGGCGGAAUUCUCACUUUACUGCGACACUGGCUGGCUGGGAGCCAGCUGGUGUCUUCUCUUGGCUACAUUGUGCCUCUCGGAGCAGAAGUUUCCGGUGGCGUUGGUUGGGGCUCGCGGAUGGGAUGCUGCGAUCCUCGCCUUGUUCUUUCAAGGUGUCAUUGUGGGGCUGAGGAUCUGCUCGGCCGGCGGGCCUUCUUUUCUCGACUUCGCCUACGUGCUCUCCGCCACCGACUUCGGCGCCGAGGUGAUCACCGUCUUUGGUGGCGUCAGAUUCGCCGCCGUGAUCCUCGGUGUAGGAGUUGUGAAGGGGGGCAUUGGCCCGAAGAUCAAAGACCAGUCGAAGAGCCAGGGUGCCGUUAAGAGUGGGGCGGACCCAAGGACCGAAGAAAGCUUUAAGAGCCGAAGUGCCAAGAAAGGGACGGACCCAAGGACCGUUGAAACUGCGAAGAGCUACAGAGCCCAGAAGCAGGAACCAUCAGGUAGGCUGUGCUCACCUGGCCCUCGCGGGCUCCCCGGCGCCCUCCAUUGCGACCGGUGCCGCCAUGGUUUCCAGGAUGUACUGUGCGAGUCUUGUGGGCUGACUGCCGUACUCUGGGUUGUGAUCUGCCUGGCCUGGGCUGCCGGCCCUCUCCUAUGCUUCGAGGACAAGACUGCGGAGGUUCUGAGUGCGCCUCUUCUCAAUGUGCCGUGGGCUGCUCAGGGAUCUUUCGCUGAUCGUCGCUUUAUUGCCGGGGCGCAGUGCUGUGAUGUGUCAUGGCAGGCUGCAGGUGGUAUUGGUCUAAGCUUGGGCCUUCCCUGUGACGGUUUUAGGUUAGAUCAGUUCGCUGCUGUGAGGAUUGGUGAGGCCGCUCAUCCGGGGCCGGGAGGUGCCAGAAAAACUGCUCGCAAACGUGCUCAGAAGCAGGCACUCAGCAAUGCUUUUGCUAAGGGACCGGCGGGCUUGAAUGCCCUCCUCAAGCCAUUGAUCCGUGCCGCUCUUCAGGAAGUGCUGCAGCAAUCGUUAGGGGGUGACGGCCUUGCUGGGCUCCUUGCUGGUGCUCAGGCCUUCGAAGGGGGAAGCGCCGUUCCUCCGCGUCAGGUUCGCGUUGCUGGCCCUAAGGGGAAUGGUAAGCAGAUGGGAGAAGGUGCCAAGGUAGGCCCGGGUCCCAAGGGGCACGGUAAGCCGGGCAGUGAACGCGCGAAUGCUGGCUCCGGGGCUGCUGAUUCUCGGGCUGACGGCUCUGUUCCUUCUUCGGGUCCCAGGGUUGGGUUUUCUUGGAAUGGGGAUGUGUUGUCUGGGUCCAAAGGGAAAGGCACAGGCAAAGGCGUAGGUGGCAAGGACAGCACAGGCGGUAAGGGCCCAGGUCAACCUGUAGGCUCCGUUGCCGCCGGGAGUGCUGAUGACGCUAAGUCCUUCGCUCGCAUUGUUGCUGACUGGCGUACAAGGACCGGUCAAAGGCCUUCAUCGGGUGCCGUGGCUCCUGGUCCUACCGCUGCUGAGGACUGGGUCGAGCACCGCUGGCGUGCACGGCCGUCCUUCUUCAAUUGCUCGAGCUUUGCUGACUGUCUUGCUGAUAUUGAAGAUGCUCUCGAGGCGGGUGCUCCUUUCCUCGCCCAGGUUGGUGCUAAGGACCUUAAGCCUUCAGUUAGCAUGCUGCGUGGAGGGUGCCCUAGUGGCACUGUGCUCCUCUACUUAGGCGCCGAGGGUGCUGAUCUCGAUGAUGUGCGUCAGGAGUUCCAUGUUGAGCCUAGGCACGUACCGGGGAUCCUCAAAGGCCAGCACCGUCUCAGGAAGUGCUUUUGCAUCUUGAUCGAUGGCUCUUCGCCGAAGCUUGCUCCUGCAGUCGACUUUGUCAAGACUGCUGCACCUCGCACCAAGGAUCGUCCAGCUUCGGUUGUUAUGCGUGCCACCUUUUACAAGGAGUUCUGCGGGGAUUCGUUUCAGCAGGUGAAAGCCAAGCCCGCGCAGGCCAUCCGCAGGCAAUUUGACAUUGCAUUGUGUGAGGCGACUUUAUCUGACAGGAUCGCUGCAUUGGAAGAGCAACUUUCCGCUCUCCAGUCGGCUCGCCAAACCUCUUUGGCCAAGCUGGAAGAGUACCGCACUUACUUUGACAGUAGUCUUUGGAGCCUUUUCGAAGGUGCCAAAAAGCAAGCCAGCAAAGAGAGUGCAGCGAUCCGUGAAGAUUUCUUUGCUGCUUUACUUGAGCUCCGCGAAGCCAACCGGAGCGUACAGACGGUGAUUCUUUUCUGGCGACAACCGGAAGAGGCUUCUUUGCAAGACGCUCCUAUGGAGCGGGAAGACGGUAAGGAUGAUUCCAGUCCUGCUUUGUGCUCCUGCUUUGCCGACGGUGCCCGCGGCACCCAAGUGGAAGCCUCGGCCUCGACCACGCUUUCCACUGGUGGACAGGUCUUCUCCAGCGGCUACGGCACUUGGGACGAGGCUGGUGUUUCAGCUUUGAGUGACACUGUGGUGGACAACCUCCUUCAGGCGGCAGUAAAGUUGAAGCCGGCGGAUCCGGGCGCCAUCAUCGACACAUGGGGCUGGGUGACCCGCGGCACUGAUGAGGUCACCGGGUUGGUGCGAGUGACUCGUGAAGCAGCCGCGCCUUUGCUUGCUGCCAGCGGGUCUUUCCUGGAUCUAGCUGCCUCCUUUUGUCCUGUGAACUGGGCAGACUUCUCUGUAUCAAUGCCAUCUUUGCUCUGGUGUGACAGGGAGGAGGCCGAGCCCGCUGAGGCCUACAUCGCUCGUGUUCGCAAGCUUGCUACUGACCACGGGCUUCAUUGUGCUGGGGCCAAGCUUGCUGCAAGACUUGAUGCUUUGGAUCCCCGCAUAGUUCCUAAGAGGGACGGUUGGGAGUUACGCGGUGCCCUGGUUGAGUGGCACCUUGCAGACAUUCAGAACCUCUUGGUGCAGAGUGGCUUCACUGACGUUGAAGUCCGGAGUCGGACUUGGCGAAGGGGCGGCUACGUUUGGCACUUUCAUGCUGUUCGCCCCGACUUCAGGGAGUUCAUCCCCAUCGAGCUCGAGAGCGAGGACGGCGCGGAGAUGAUCUGUGAAGCCUGCCGGUGUGGACCAAAGCGAGUUCGCCGCGAGAUCCAGCCGGUCAGGCCCGAGAGGACUCAGAGUUUCCGGCCGGCGCCACUUGCAGACUUCAUUCGGACUGCUGCUCCCAAAGCUGCGCCUAAGAAAGCCGAGCAGUCGUCCCGGAAGCUUGGGUCGUCUACUGAGAAGCCCAUGGAGCUGGACACCGACGAUGGUGAGGAUGUGGACGUGGCGCAAGCUAAGGACGACGUUGUGGGUGCCAAGCGCACAUUGCCUGGUGACGAGGUCACAGCAUCCGCGGCUACCGGGACUAAGAAGCCCAAGAGCGUGCCGUUUCCUUCGACGGCACAAGUCAUCCCGAACAAAGGUGGUGGCGACUGUUUGUUUCAUGCCCUUGCUCAGGCCGUCGGCGAGGUUGAAGGCCGAAAGAUCGGCCACCGCCAGGUCAGAGCAGCUCUUGCCGACUGGGUUGCGGCCAAUGCUGAGACGCUUAAGCCCCAUUGGGACGGCCUCGGUCCCGAUUCCAAGGACCUCCAGGCAUCUGGCUUCACUGCAUAUUGCGACGCCAUCCGCAUGCAAGGCAGCUGGGGAGGAUACCUCGAGAUAUUCGCCACUUCGGUGGCGCACGGACUCAACGUGUUGGUCCUGUGCCGGGAUGCUGUGCAUAAGUUUCCGGCCAAUGCCCAGGACCGUGGCCAUUACAUCGUGCUCAAGUAUGACGCCGCUCACUACGAGUACGUUCGCGUGGAGAGCAAGGACAUCGCUAACCUUUGGUUGUCAGCUGUCGUUCCCGCUUUCCAUGGUCACCGUGGCGCUGGCUUGGACUUCUCGGCUUACGAGACGGGCUCGUCGUCGGGAUCUGCACGCUCGGGUGGCCGUUCCGCUGCGGGUGGUCGCAGUACCUCUGGCCUGAACUUCGCGGCUUACGAUGCUGGCUCUUCGUGUGCAUCCACUGCUGGUGCGGGUGGCCGGGGAUUGGCUUUCUCAAGGUAUGCUGCUUCUUCGUCGAAGGCGAGCUGUGCUUCUGGUGGCAAGGACCGCAAGCGCCUGUGCGAAGGCUUCUCGCGACAUGCUUCACAUGGAUCGUGUGCUGUGCGGCACUCCUCUGUUGCCGGCGAUGGUGGCUCCGUCUGUGGUGAUGAGAUUGCUGAGUUUCCUGCCGAGGCGGGCGAGGGUCCUAUGCCUCGUUUUCCCAGUAAGUACUUUGUACGUCCCGGGCUUUAUCGUGCAUGCUGCGAUCUUUGUCCUUACGUCAAAGAGACUACCAGUGCUGGACUUGCAGCUGUCUAUCUGCAUAAUCACCGGAAGUUUCAGCAUGGUAAGGCAGGUUGCCCAGGGACGCGUAAGGCCAACUACGGUGUUGCCCGUCUCCGUCCGGGUGAGGUCGCUGCUUGGCGGUGUCCGGUUCAGGGUUGCAGAUACGGCAUUACGUGGACGCGCAUGGUGACUCUUGGCUCUCGCACCACGGGUUGUAAACACAAGCUUGCACAUCGGCUCGCACGGCAUCCCGAUAUCAAUCCAAGUGGUGGUCUCUUUGUGCUUCUAAGGCUCCUGGCAUCGGUGCACGGGCCCGGGCGCGUUCGCUGA